CGCUGGCCCCACCCCCAGCCGGUCCAUGGUGAUCUGGAUCUGGUCAUGAACUUGAUGGAUGCUCAUAAGGUUUUCCAGAAGGAGCUGGGGAAGCGCACGGGCACGGUGCAGGUGCUCAAGCGCUCGGGCCGGGAGCUCAUCGAGAACAGCCGGGACGACACGACCUGGGUGAAGGUGCAGCUCCAGGAGCUGAGCAAUCGCUGGGACACGGUGUGCAAGCUCUCCGUGUCCAAACAGACCCGGCUGGAGCAGGCCCUGAAGCAGGCAGAGGAAUUCCGGGCCGCCGUGCACAUGCUGCUGGAGUGGCUCUCGGAGGCGGAACAGACCCUCCGCUUUCGGGGCGCCCUGCCGGACGACGCGGAAGCGCUGCAGUCGCUCAUCGACGUACACUAGGAGUUCAUGAAGAAAGUGGAAGAAAAGCGAGCGGAUGUGAAUGCGGCAGUGGGGAUGGGAGAAGUUAUCCUGGCUGAGUGUCACCCGGACUGCAUCACCACGAUCAAACACUGGAUCACCAUCAUCCGAGCCAGGUUUGAGGAGGUUCUGACCUGGGCAAAGCAGCACCAGCAACGGCUCGAGACGGCGCUUUCAGAGCUGGUGGCUAACGCUGAGCUCUUGGAGGAACUCUUAUCGUGGAUCCAGUGGGCCGAGACCACGCUGAUCCAGCGGGAUCAAGAACCAAUGCCACAAUACAUCGAUCAGGUCAAAGCCCUCAUCUCGGAACACCAGUCUUUUAUGGAGGAGAUGACACGGAAACAGCCCGACGUGGACUGGGUCACUAAGACGUACAAGAGGAAAGCCACCGAACCAGCUCAUGGAACGUUCAUGGAGAAAUCCCGCUCCAACAGUAUUUCUCUGAGUCAGACAGCCCUUCCUGCCAUGCCGGUUUUCUCCCAGUCGGAAGCCAAGAACCCCCGAAUUAACCAGCUCUCGGCCCGCUGGCAGCAGGUGUGGCUGCGGGCACUGGAACGCCAGCGGAAACUCAAUGACACGCUUGAUAGGCUGGAGGAGUUGAAGGAGUUUGCAAACUUUGACUUUGACAUCUGGAGGAAGAAAUACAUGCGCUGGAUGAAUCACAAGAAAUCCCGGGUGAUGGACUUCUUCCGGCGGAUCGACAAGGACCAGGAUGGAAAAAUCACCCGGCAGGAGUUCAUUGAUGGAAUCUUAGCAUCCAAGUUCCCCACCACGAAGCUAGAGAUGACGGCCGUGGCUGACAUCUUCGACCAGGAUGGGGAUGGCUAUAUCGAUUACUAUGAAUUCGUAGCUGCUCUCCAUCCAAGCAAAGACGCUUACCGACCGACCACAGAUGCGGACAAAAUUGAGGAUGAGGUCACAAGGCAGGUGGCCCAGUGCAAGUGUGCAAAGAGGUUUCAAGUGGAGCAGAUUGGAGAGAAUAAGUAUCGGUUCUUCCUCGGCAAUCAGUUCGGUGAUUCCCAGCAGUUGCGGCUGGUCCGUAUUUUGCGCAGCACUGUCAUGGUUCGAGUUGGUGGAGGAUGGAUGGCACUGGAUGAAUUUUUGGUGAAAAACGACCCUUGCAGAGUUCACCACCCUGGAAGUAAAAUAAAGCGCUCUGAUUCCAGCUCUUCGAUUGCCAGCCAGUCUCCCAUAGCACGCGGCAGGACCAACCUGGAGCUCCGAGAGAAGUUUAUUUUACCCGAAGGAGCCUCGCAGGGAAUGACGCCCUUCAGGUUGCGGGGGCGUCGGUCAAAACCCUCCUCCCGGGCGGCCUCCCCGACCCGAUCCAGCUCCAGUGCCAGCCAGAGCAAUCACAGCUGUGCGCGACGCCCGCCAGCGGGGCCAAGACUCCACACCACUUCUCUCGCUGUUAUGACAAACCCUGGUUGGUAAACAGUAAAGCUGUCACCCCUCACAGGGGCUUGGAUAAUUCCGACACCCACCUGCCCAGCACCGAGGUGACGCCGUCUACAGGCAGCAAGCUGAAGCGACCGACUUUUCACUCAAGCCGCACUUCUCUUGCUGGCGAUACCAGCAACAGUUCCUCUCCCGUCUCGACAGGUGCCAAAACCAAUCGGGCUGAUCCUAAAAAAACAGCCAGUCGUCCCACGAGUCGGGCCGGGAGCCGGGCCGGGAGCCGGGCCAGCAGCCGGCGGGGAAGCGAUGCCUCCGAUUUUGACCUUCUAGAAACUCAGUCUGCCUGUUCGGACACUUCAGAAAGCAGCACAGCGGGGGGUCAGGGCGGCGCACGACGGGGGUUGGCAAAACCUUCCAAAAUCCCAACCAUAUCCAAGAAAACUACCACUGCCCCCCCCAAAACGCCAGGCCCCAAGAGAUAAUACUGUACCACACCCCCUCAAGAAACAAAACCAACCUGUGUCCAAUUUUUAACCCUGCUGCGUACAUUGGAUGUAUAUUUAUUCUAAACGGGAAAAAAUUAUAUUGUUAAAAGUGUAAAAGAAUAAGUGUGUUAUGAAGCUGCCUUAUUUGGGAUUUUUUUUUUCUUUUUUUUUUCUUUUUUUGUAAGUUACUAUUUUCAUGUGAAUAUUUAUGUAGAUACAAUUUGCCUCUGGAUCACCCCGUUUCACAGUGGGGCCCAGCAAACUGAAAUGUGGGGGAGAGAGAGCAAAAUAGGUCAAGAUGUGAAAGUGUAAAAAAAGAAAAAAAAUAAGAAAAAAAUUAUAAAUAGGAUUUCUGCGCGGUGCAGGGUGCGAACCUGCUUUAUCUUUUAGGAUUGUUUCCUAAAUGCAUCUUUAUAAACUUGACUUGCUGUCUCAGCAAGAUAAAUUAUAUGUAAAAAAAACAAACAAAAAAAAUCCACCCUGAAUCCUACAGUGUUCAAGGAACUCUUUUUUGUAAAUCAUGGAUACCUCAAACAGAGAAACAUGAGGUAUGGGGACUUGGGGCUUCAGCUUCCGUUUUUUAAAGGUUAUGUGAUUUUACCUGAAGCAAUUGAAGUUUGUUUGAAUUAAUACAAUUUGCACAUGCUACGGGCAAGGGGUUCGUUACAAAUGGUGUCUUUAAAAUACUGUCCCAGCGCUUACGCUUGGAAAGAGCAGAUCCGAGCGGCGGUUUGGGGGGAGCGGGCUUUAAAAGCUGUCCAGAAUCAGGCCCGGGAUUGAAACAUCGCAAGGCGCCCUGGAGAAAGGUGGGACCAAAAUGUGUUUCCAUCACUUCCAGUUCCACAAUUCAGAAGAUUCUUCGGAAUGGCCGCCCAUUUGGUUCGCAUCAGAGACUGACUCACUCUGGCGAUUACAGAAUUGCUACUUCUCUGCGCCUCUUUUCCUAUUUAUUAUUUGACUGGUCAUUCCACUUCGAGCCACGCUGAGAUGGUCAUCACCUCUGCUCCUAGAAAAAACCUGGGACUUAUGUGCACAGCGGCUUGUCCUUUCAAUGAGUCUCACCAGCACACUUGCUUAACGAGUCCUGUCUCGCUUUUGUACGCGACUUUACUUUGUGAUAAAAUCAACCGACCAAGUGACCACGAGGGCGGGCGUGGGGUGGGGCCAGCUGGACUUCCUGUAUUUAUUAAACAUUGUUCUUCUUCAGCUCUGACCACGUCGCUGUGUGAUUCUCUCAAUUGGUUUAAUUGAGGCAGAAACAAGCUCUACCAAUGAACUGUUUCAGACAGUUUCUUUUUGUAUUAAAAUUGCUUGCAGUAA